AUAAAUAUCACCAUGCGGUCUAACUCCAAGAAGUAGCUCACCACGUACCCUCUGUCUGGAGAGCACUCGAUUCUCCACUUCACCUUACUCACCGCCUUCGUCGCCAUCGCCUCCGGCGAUGUCCGUCUUUUGCGGUCUGGAAUGCGUGGUCUGUCUCGGCUGCUCCCGCUGGGCUUGGAAGCGCCUCACCUACAUCGGCGCUUAUGACUCCGAAUCAUGGCCUCCUGCCGUCGCCGAGGACUUCGAACCAGUACCCCGCAUAUGCCGAAUCGUCCUCGCCGUCUACGAGAACGAUCUUUCUCACCCCCGCUAUGCCCCUCCUGGCGGCUAUGGCCUGAACCCUAGCUGGCUCAUCAAGCGCGUCGACUACGACCAAACCCAAGGCCGAUGCCCGCCCUACAUCAUCUACACCGAUCACGACCACCGAGAGAUCAUUCUCGCCAUCCGUGGUCUUAACCUCGUCCGCGAGAGCGAUUACGAGGUUCUCCUCGAUAAUCGGUUAGGUAGGCAGAUGUUCGAUGGGGGGUACGUUCACCAUGGUUUGCUUAAGGCGGCGACGUUUAUUCUGGAGCGCGAAUCGAAUACGCUUCGGCAGCUGGUUUGUGAGCUGGGGCCGGAGAAUAAGCUCGUGUUCGCUGGGCAUUCGCUGGGAUCCGGCGUGGCCGCGCUGAUGACGGUCAUUGUGGUUAAUCACAGGGACCAGUUUGGAAGUAUAGCUAGAAAACAGAUUCAUUGCUACGCCAUCGCGCCGGCGAGAUGCAUGUCGCUUAAUCUCGCCGUGAAGUAUGCUGAUGUUAUCAAUUCUAUUGUUCUUCAGGAUGAUUUCCUUCCGAGGACUCCUACUCCAUUAGAAAAUAUUUUUGGAUCCAUCUUCUGUUUGCCCUGUCUAUUAUUUUUUGUUUGCAUGAAAGACACUUUUAUACCAGAAAGAAGAAAGCUUAAAGAUCCGAGAAGGCUCUAUGCCCCUGGUCGAAUGUAUCACAUUGUUGAGAGAAAAUUUUGCAGAUGUGGAAGAUUCCCUCCUGAGGUGAAGACUGCAAUUCCAGUUGAUGGUAGAUUCGAGCACGUUGUCCUAUCUUGUAAUGCAACAUCAGAUCAUGGCCUCGUAUGGAUAGAACGAGAAGCACAGAAGGCAUUAGAUUUGAUGAAGGAAAGUGCUGAGCGUCCAACACCUCCAGCCCAGCAGAUUAUGAGUAAGAAGCAAAGCCUAAAAAGGGAGCACAGAGAUGCAUUGGAAAGAGCAGUCAGCCUUAAUGUGCCUCAUGCAAUAUCACCAACAGAAGAAUCCACUGCAGUGGUGGUGAGCUGCUCACAUGCAGAAAACCAGGAGGAAAUGGCGACUUCGUCGAAGUCCGGUGGGAAAACCAACUGGGAUGAACUGGUUAAGAAGCUCUUCACUCGAAGCCAAUCUGGUCACCUAGUCCUUAAGAAAGACAUCCAUUGAUCCGAGUAAGAAAUUUUUGCUAGCCUUUACUAGCCUUAUAUUUGUUAAAUUAUUCACAUGGUUAGUAUUUUUAAGAGCUCUCAGUUGGCUUUUUCAACUAGUUCAGUUUUAACAAAAUAAGCAUUUUUCUUCUUUUGACACCCAAAGAACGAAAGAGUUCGGCAUUUCACCGACAUUAGAAUUCUUAAAUAUUUAUAUAUUUUAAUGGUUUGAUAAGUUAAAUGAUAUUUUUAAUAUGAUUUAGAUGUUUGUGUACUAUAUAGAUAAAUAUCAAAAUUUAGAUGUUAGAUGUGUAAAUACAAAAAAAAAAAAAAAUUAAUGGUAUAUAUGUAAAGCUCUUAGAAGUUUUUCAAGAUCUGUUUGAAGUGCUUGCUUUUUACAAGGGAAGAGCAGGCUUAUAUUCUUGCAAUUGUCUGCCAUGUCCUUCUGUCAAAUAAAUCACAGAAAGCAUUCAAAGCAUA